AAGCACGCGUUCCCCACCUCGCUCCCCCGCAUGUCCAACGCCGGCGACCCCGCCGGUGCGGCGGCGGCGGCGGCUACCCCGUCCGGGCGCGCCCCGAGGCUGCCGCGGUGGACGCGGCAGGAGAUACUGGUGCUCAUCGAGGGCAAGCGCGUGGUUGAGGUCCGCGGGGGCGGGCGCGGCGGGAGGGGGCGAAUCGCGGCGGCGGGGGAGGCGACGGCGCUGGAGCCCAAGUGGGCCGCGGUCGCCGAGUACUGCCGUCGCCACGGCGUCGAGAGGGGGGCCGUCCAGUGCCGGAAGCGGUGGAGCAACCUCGCCGGGGACUACAAGAAGAUCAAGGAGUGGGAGCGGGCGGCCGCGGCCUCGGCCUCGCGGGAGCCCUCCUUCUGGGCCAUGCGCAACGACGCCAGGCGGGAGCGCAGGCUCCCCGGAUUCUUCGACCGCGAGGUGUACGACAUACUCGAAGGACGGGGGCGGGGGAUCGUGGCCGGCAGCAGCUCCGGCGGUAAUGCCGCCGAGGAAGAGGAGGUGGUGCGCGAGCAGGAGGAUGGGGAGGAGGAAGAGAGGGGGGAGGAAAAGGAGGUUGCAGUGGAGGAGACCGUGUUUGACAGUGGCCGGCCCGCCGGGGAGGAGGCCCUCUUCUCGGAGGACGAAGAGGGGGAAGAUGAUGAGACGCCAAAGACGACGCAGGCACCUCCGCCGGCGGUUAUCGCCCUGCCGAUUUCCGAGAAGUCGGAAGCAUCAAGGCAACAAAGCACUGAGCAAGGCACAUCGAAAGAGAAGCAACAUGGGCAGCAAGGCUCGCCAACACAGCAGCAACAGCAGCAGAGCAGACAAAAGAGGCAGCGAACUGACAGUAAUGACGGUGAGCCCAGAGAAGAAGGCAUGGCAGACUUGCAGGGCAACAAGCUACUGGAGAUCCUAGACCGAAACAGCCGGAUGGUAGAGGCGCAGCUUGAGGCACAGAACGUGAACUCAGAGCGCGACCGGGAGCAGAGAAGAGAGCAGGCCAAUAGCCUCGCCGUCGUGCUUGGCAGGCUCGCAGAUGCUCUUGGCAGGAUCGCCGAUAAGCUCUAGUUAGCACCAGCUAGCUGAAGCUGCUUAGACAGAUAUUGGGUGUACAGAUUGGUACAGGAGGAUUACUGGGAUUUGAUUUUUUUUCUUGUACUCAGGGUGGGGGAUUGUUAUAUAAGGUUAUGAGGUUUCAGAUGAUCUGAACUAGCAGAGAUCUUAAUUGUGUAUGUGUUGUGUGCGUGGAUGGCUUUCUUAGUAUUAUUCCAUGAAAUGGAUUGGAAAUGUGUGUCUGCUUAUUGUUGAGUAAUAUUGCUUCUGUUUAGAAUAUGC